GUCUUUAAAUUCGGCGGCCGAAGCCGGCAGCCGUAAUCUCCGAGUCGGGGAAGCAGCGGUAGCGAACCGGGACCGCCAGCAGCCGAACGCCGCCGGGACAUGCUCGCAGCCUGACUGACCGCAGGUGGCCGCCGCGCCCGGGACACGAAUGAAGAAACAGCUGCUCCUCCUGUUCACACACCGGGGACUCGUCAGCCGAGGGGGCCGCAGGGGGAAGCGUCGCCGAAAAUGGCCUCGUUCAGCAUCCGCGCCGCGCGUCCCGAGGACUGUCCCGAGCUGCUGCGACUGAUCAAGGAACUGGCGAAAUAUGAGGACAUGGAGGACCAGGUCGUGCUAACUGAGAAAGAGCUGCUUGAGGAUGGUUUUGGCGAGCACCCUUUCUACCACUGUCUGGUUGCAGAAGUACCUAAAGACCAGUGGUCGUCUGAAGAAACAUGCGUUGUGGGCUUUGCCAUGUAUUACUUCACUUAUGAUCCAUGGAUUGGAAAACUGCUGUACCUUGAAGAUUUUUAUGUGAUGGCUGAGUACAGAGGACUUGGUAUUGGGUCAGAAAUUCUGAAGAACUUGAGUCAGGUGGCUGUGAAGUGCCGCUGCAGCAGCAUGCACUUCCUCGUGGCCGAGUGGAAUGAGCCCUCCAUCAGGUUCUACAAGAGAAGGGGCGCCUCAGAUCUGUCCACUGAGGAGGGCUGGAGGCUCUUCAAGAUUGACAAGAAGUAUCUCUUGAAGAUGGCAGCAGAAGAGUGAGAGAUUAUUCAUUCCAGCGAAUAAAUGUUUUCUGCGAAUAUAUGUGCUCUCUGAAUAAACUUCUUGCUUCUGUGUAUGUACAGUUUGUAGUGGAAUAAAGUAGUGUGGAUGCUAAUAAUGACAGUGCAGGUGUGGUUAUAGAGCAGUGGUACUGUGAUCUGGAGCUGAGGCAUCUGUGAAGUUCAGUAUGGGUUUGUGUGCAUCCUUUACCAGUGUGGCCUUGUAAUCCCUGUAUAUGGAGACUUCAUUCUUGUAAGUGUCAUUCAAAUGUGUACAAUGUACACACUGGUAGGGUUUGUUUUAAUUAUUGCCUUUUAUAAAAAUAAAAUAGUGUUUUCACUUCAUGGCAGUAGUUUUGACUUCAAUUCUCAUAUAAAGUUUUCCAUCAAAAAACAUGCAGGUUAACAAAAGACUGGAUUGGUGUCAGCCUUCUCACAAGUGAAAUGAUUUACCAUGGUCCCAGUGGGAUAAAAGGGCACUUGUGUGCCUGUGGGACCUGACUGUUUGAAAGGGUUUGAGAUCAGCCCGUGGUGGUGCAGGGCAUCCUGCCUUGUGACCUAUACUUUUAGGUACAUGAGGUUGCUGCUCUGUGGGCAGCUGCCCCAGAAAGUCCAGAGCUUGGGCCUUCCACUUACAUGCAGAGCACCUCAGCUGGAAGGGCAAAGCCUUGAAGGGAAAGAGCCAUCCUGCUGUGGUUUCAAGGCCUGAGUAAGAAAAAAUUGGUUCUGUCUGGUCAAGUGAAAUGAAAGUAUAUUUACAGCUCAAUUAUGUGAUUCCUAAACCACCAAACUCAAAUGCUCCAGGUGGAAUGUGUUUCUGAUCCUGAUUUCACAUCAGGUUCAGCAUUUCUGCUGAGCCUCAGUGCUGUGCUGAGCUGUAAGUGCUGUGUUAAGCAGUAGGAAACCAGCCCUCUGCUUUUUAGCCUUUGUACAGUAGAAAGUGAAAGCAAUGCUGCUCAGCAAUUUUUUAGUUGUCUUUGAAACAAAUUAACAACUUUGCAGUACUGUGUUUGCACAUCUCAAGCUGACGAUGAAAGUGGAUGCUUGCAAACUUUGUGUUGCCCUCCUCUUGAUCUCUGGUAACCCUGCAAUAAAAGGCUUUUUUGGCCAGCAUUGCUUUCACUUCAAAGAAGGGAAGAGACUUAGCUGUCUUGUAACAUAAACUGGUUUAAAUAAAACAAAAAAAAACCUGUUGGUCA